AUGGGCUGUGAGUGCCCAGGCAGGCUGGGCCGGGCUGCGAGCUCCGAGGGCUGGAGGGUGUACAUCAAGGUGGGCUCUGCUGCGCCCUUCUCCACCUGCCUGAAGAUGGUGGCGUCGCCAGACAGCCAGGCCCGCUGUGCUCAGGGCCAGCCCCCGCUCCUGUCCUGCUACGACACCUUGGCAUCCCACUUCCGAGUUGACUGGUGCAACGUGUCCCUGGUGGAUGAGACAGUGCCGGCGCCUGCGGACGAGGUGCCCGCCCUAGGGGACGGCAUCCUGGAGUAUGAUCCGUUCUUCUGCCCCCCAACUGACGCUGUGGCCCGAGACUUCCUGGCAGACGCCCUGGUCACCCUCCUGGUGCCUCUGCUGGUGGCUCUGCUGCUUACCCUGCUGCUGGCCUAUGUCAUGUGCUGUCGGCGAGAGGGGCGACUGAAGAGAGAUCUGGCCACGUCUGACCUCCAGAUGGUCCACCACAGCACCAUCCACGGGAACACGGAGGAGCUGCGGCAGAUGGCGGCCACCCGUGAGGUGCCCCGGCCUCUCUCCACCCUGCCCAUGUUCAACGUGCGCACAGGCGAGCGGCUGCCACCCCGCGUGGACAGCGCCCAGGUGCCCCUCAUCCUGGACCAGCACUGAGGGCCUGGCCAGACCCUUGGCCACGGCUGAUGCCAGUUGGACCCCAUGCUCCGAGGAAGCAGAGGAUGGGAGGUGUUUGGAGUCCGGACUCCCAGAAUAAAUACCUGCUGCUUGCUUGUCUAUUGCCGCAAGU